AUGACCACAAUCUUGAAGGAUUUAUUGAAGCAUAAACCCAUGAUCCUUCAAGGAAGUGCACCAUCAUCAUUCAUUGCUGUGGCCGGGGAUCUGAAGGAGACCGACCACAACACCAACACCAACACCAGCAUCAACAUCAACAUCGACGGAAAAGCUCAAAGGAUGGACGAGUUCGGACUGCCAAUACAAUUCGGAAAGAUACAGGCCAAACCGGAUAUCUCGAAUAAGAUCUCACAAACCAAACGGAAUGAUCCCCUCGUCGGGCCAGGUGGUCAAUCAGUAGUGGAUUUAAAACAGAGCAAAAACGCAACUCGGUGUGCCAGCGUUGCAGGUCCUUCCAGUCCCACGUCAGAGUCAGAUUCGGAAAAACAGGAUGAAGAUGAGCCGGCUGUACAGCUUCCAACGACUCACGAAGUACUUUUAAAGGAUCAUUCAAAAUCAGUCUCGGCAUUAUCCUUGGACCCCUCUGGAGCCCGACUGGUCUCAGGCUCGUAUGAUUACGCUUGCAAGCUAUGGGACUUUGGCGGAAUGAAUUCGUCCUUCAAGCCUUUCCGGAGUUGGGAGCCUCGUCAAAGCCAUCAAGUGCAUCAAGCUAUCUGGUCAAACACAGGCGAUUCCUUCUUGGUCAUCACAGCCGCCAAUCAACCCCAGAUCUACGACAGAGACGGCGCUCAAAUUGCUGAAUACAUGAAGGGAGAUAUGUAUAUUCGUGACAUGAGACAUUGCGCUGGCCACAUUGCCGAGCUCACAUCAGGUGCAUGGCAUCCGAAAGACGCGAAGACUUUUAUCACGUCCUCGGCCGACUCAACUAUCAGAAUUUGGGAUGUUGAAAACAAACGAAAAUCGAAAGGCGUGAUCGUACUCAAAUCAAAGGAAAGGGGUACUCGGACCAAAAUUACUGCAUGCACCUAUUCUUCCGAUGGAAAAUCGAUUGCAGCAGCCGGUUUGGAUGGGACAUUAAACAUCUGGGCGACCAACAGUAAUUUUACCCGUCCCAAUGCAGCGGUUGAGAAAGCUCACGUCAAGAAUACCGAAACAUCCUCACUCCACUAUGCCCCUGAUAACAAAACCCUUGUGAGCCGGGGUGGCGAUGACACAGUGAAGCUAUGGGACGUUCGGGCGCUGAAAACUCCAUUGGCUGUUAGGGAAGGAAUGACUACCUUGAACCCAGAAACUAAUGUGACUUUUAGUCCAGAUAACCAAUACAUUUUGACUGGAGUCAGUGCAAAUCCAUCUGAAGGAUUGGGUGGUCGGGUAGUCUUAUUGGAUAAACUCAAUCUUGAGAUAUUCCGGACAAUCGCCAUAUCACCUGCUAAUGUGGUUAGGGUAUUAUGGCAUCCAAAGAUCAACCAGAUCAUCACUGGAUCGUCAGAUGGGGCAAUUAAUGUAUUAUAUUCGCCCAGCCUUUCCACCCGAGGAGCAACACUCUCCCUAUCUCGAACGGCCAGGACCCGCGGUCCAGGGGAAGACGACGUCGCAGUCGAUCGGCCGAUCAUCACCCCACACGCCCUGGCAAUGUUCAGGAACGACGAGCCAGUCGUGGCCGGGGGUCGAGGCGGUAAGAGGAGACGCGAACGAGAGAGACAGGAUCCUGUCAAGACUUUGAAACCCAUGCCGCCCUUGACUGGACCCGGUCGCGGGGGUCGUGUGGGUGCUAGUGCCACACAGCAUGUUGUGCAAGGAUUGGUUAAGGAUUCGAUUAGACAUGAGGAUCCUCGAGAGGCAUUGUUGAAGUUCGCACAGGAACACGAAGGUGAGCGGCCGAAGUUUACGGCUGCAUGGGAGAAGACGAUGCCCGAGCCGGUCUUCGAUCAACGCUUACUCGAGGAAGAAGCCCAACAAGAGGCCGACAGAGAGGCCGCUGAUGAGGAAAGAAAGCGUAUCAAAAGGGAACGUCCAACGCGCUUAACCUGA